AACUCAUAACUAUGAUAAGGUAUAUAAAUGCAAGGUACGGAAAAUGUUCGUCCAUUGCUUUUCUGAAAUAGCAUCAAUUUAAAACAACGAUUGAUUUCCUUAGGAUCAUAACUGCUUAAAAAGGAUAUUGUCGUUGAUUGACAAAGUGCCUAUCUAAGUGAUCAAUGCCAGGAAAUACAGAGAACAAGGAGAUGGACGGCAGAAUAAGAAGCUUCUCUAAUUGGAGCUUUUCUUCGGAUCCCUCCAAACUUGCUUAUGCGGGAUUUUAUGCUACAGGGUACCAUGACCUCGUUCAGUGUUUUGCGUGCGGUCUUGGAUUAAGGUAUCUGACCGCCGAUGAUGACCCAUUGUCAGAGCACAUUAAAAACUGUCGAUCAGAUUGUUCCUACCUGAAUGAACUUAAUAGUGAACAUCAGGAUCCCAACUGUUUUUCGGAUGAACAAGCGAAUAUGUCAGAUGCCGAAGACGAGCUAGAACAGCUUGAGGAGCAGAAUGCUACACUGAGGGAGAGGGUCACGUGUAAGGUCUGUCGAGAGAGGUCAGCUAUAGUAUUGCUGCUUCCCUGUAGUCACCUGGCCGCCUGCGUCCAGUGUGGACCAAGCUUGACCACCUGUCCCGUGUGUAACCGGCGAAUUGUUGAGACUGUUAGGACCUUUAUGGGGUGAAGCACUCGAUGGCCCUUUCAACAGAUGCAAGAAUAAACUGAUCAUGUGUUCAUCGUCGGCAUAUUUGUUCUAAGUCACUUGGUAGUUUACCUCUGUGUAAGGGCUUUCAAAAUAUCACAUAUCUUGAAUAAUAAAUUCAAGGCAAAAGAACUGUCAAACAAACUAUGUUAUGCCGGAAGAAAUGAACUCGAUCGUAUUUUGUCAUGUGCUGCGCUGGCGAAUAUUGUUUAUUAAGGCUAAUAUUUGACAUGCACAAUAAUGUGUUCACAUGCACAAAAUGUAAAAGCAUGAAGUAUUAUGUUCUAAGUUUAAAGUAUAUAAGGUAUUGUUUAUAAAAAUGUGUAGCAAAAUGUG